AUGUCAACAGCUCAGGAUGAGCGGCCCUCGGAGGCCAAUUCUCAGCAAGCCCAGCAAGCCCAGCAACCUCAGAAAACCCAACAGACUCAGCAGACUCAACAAGCAAUAAAACCUGAAAAACCUCAGGCCCAGAACCAGGCCCAGAAACCUACACAAAAUGCCAAGAGCGCAAAGGCAGAUGCGGCUGCGGCUGCGGCUGCAAAACCACAAAAGCCCUCAGGCGCGGAAUUAAAAGCAAAAGCUAAAGCAGAGAAGGCUGCACGACGCGCCCAGGCAAAGGUGUCAAAAGAGGUUGCCAAGGGAGAAGCUGCGGUAUCGUCAACUCCUGGCCAAUUAGGCCCAUCUGCAGGCGAGGUAAAAGGCGGCAAGGCGAAGGGCAAGCAGGACGGUGGUUCAGCGACUGCUUCAGGGGCAGCAGGAAGACCAGUGGUGUCUAAGGGACCCAUACCUAUCGUUCCAGCUGAACCGAAGUUCAAGAUACCUGAGUGCUUUAGUCAUUUGUCUAUGGCCAAGAGGAUCCCGAUAACUCAAGCAGAUAAAGAUGUCCAUCCAACCGUCUUGGCUCUAGGUCAGCAAAUGGCCACAUUCACAAUUGAUGAGAGUAUCACGAGACUAAAAGCAACCCUGUUGGCCUUUAAAAAGGUCAUUAAUUCAUACACUACCCCUCCCGGAAACACUCUUGCAAGACACUUAACACCUCAUGUCUUGAAUCCUCAGAUCGACUAUCUCACUGCAUGUCGGCCGAUGUGCUUUUCUAUGGGAAACGCUAUCCGUUGGCUUAAAUUGCAAGUUAGCAAGAUCGAUCCUGACGUGCCUGAAGCAGAGGCAAAGAAGCAACUAUGCAGCAGCAUAGAUACCUUUAUCCAAGAACGGAUCAGCAUGGCUGAUCUCGUCAUAACAGAGAAGACUUCCGAGAAGAUCGAAAAUGGCGAUGUUGUACUGACGUAUGGAUGGAGCACUCUCGUGGAGCAAGCACUUCUCCAGGCAUACACAAUUGCCGAGAAGAGGUUCACGGUUAUUGUGCUCGAUGACCCGUACGAGAGGAAGGGUCAAACAUUAGCCAAGACUCUCACUGCGGCGGGAUUGAGAGUAUCUUAUUGCGGUGAUUUUGGUGGACUAAGAUUCUACCUUCAGACCGUCACAAAAGUUAUAGUGGCCGCCGAGUCCAUGUUUAACAAUGGAUCCAUGUAUGCACGGUCAGGCACUUGUGACCUCGCCAUUGCCGCAAAACAGCUUGAUUUACCAGUCAUUGUCCUCUGCGAGACCGUCAACAUCACUGAGCGAGUCUCUACAGACUCUCUUACAUACAACGAGAUCGACCCAGAGCGAAGCUCAAGCGCCUCUUUCAGACUAUUAUAUGACACUACACCCGACAAGUACCUGUCGCUCAUCAUAUCAGAGCUAGGAGCAGUACAGCCAACUUCAGUACCGGAUUUACUGCGAAAACUCGAGGAGUCCAAUUAG